GCGUUGCCAUAGCAACGUUUUGUCAACAAAAGCGCGGGACGUAACGAAGUAAACAAGAUAUUUAAUUCAAUUCUGAAAAUUCAAUACGUUAACAAUGAUUCUGUCCCGAUCGAAGCCAGCUGGCGAGAAUCGUACAAAUACAGGCAGCAGUUCUGCUAAGAAAAGUUUCCCGGAGCUAGAAGACUUUAUACUGAAAAGAGACUAUGUUGGUGCUCUUACUAUGCUGGAGUUCCUAAAACACGAAGGUAACGUGGAUGUAUGGCCAGAUGUCUGGGGUGCAUGGUGCUGGUUCCACCUGGGCGAGUACCGGCGCGCGCUAGACGCGUACUUACGUGUGCGCACCAGAGAAAAACUAGAUGCGCGAGUGGCUGAUAAUAUCGCUAUGGAUAUAGCUGUGUGCUACUUUUAUUUAGGAAUGUACCAGGAAUCACAAGAAGCAGUUGAGGAAGCCCCAAAGUGUUCCUUAAAGACCCGACUCCUAUUCCACCUAGCUCACAAGCUAGGAGAUGAGGAAUCUUUGAUGCAUGCGCACGCAACUCUUCGCGAUGUCCCCGAAGACCAGCUAUGUUUAGCAUCAGUUCACUACCUGAGAGCUCAUUAUCAGGAGGCUAUCGAUGUUUAUAAGAAGCUGUUGUUGGAGAGGCGCACAUACAUGGCUUUGAACGUUUACGUAGCUCUGUGCUACUAUAAGCUUGACUAUUAUGAUGUAUCUCAAGAGGUACUCGGCGUAUACCUAGCCCAGCACCCAACCUCUACCGUUGCUGGGAACUUGAAGGCUUGCAAUUUGUUCAGAUUGUACAACGGCAUAGCAGCUGAAAACGAACUGAAACAAAUGACCUCGGAUCAGCACACAUUUGGACAAGAUUUGGUCAAACAUAACUUAGUUGUGUUCAGAAAUGGUGAAGGAGCACUAAAGGUGCUACCUGAGCUUGUAGACGUGGUUCCCGAAGCCCGGCUGAACUUGGCGGGCUAUAGACUUCGCAACCGAGAGCCUCUGGAAGCCAGGACCCUACUGGAACCUCUGCAGCCCACCUCACCGCUACACUACAUCUUGAGAGCUGUGGUCGCUGUCAGGCUUUAUAAUGAGACUGGGGAUGAUGAACAACUAAAACUGGCCCAGCAAAGUUUCCACCUAGUAGGCAGUUCGGCUUCAGAAUGCGACACUAUCCCGGGCCGUCAGUGCAUGGCUUCCUCCUACUUCCUAGCAGGACAUUAUGAGGAAGUGCUGGUCUAUCUCAACUCAAUCAAGAGCUUCUUCGUCAAUGAUGAUACUUUCAACUUCAAUUAUGCUCAGGCUAAAGUAGCGACGGGUUUCUACCGCGAGGCAGAAGAGAGCCUGCUGACGAUACAAGACGAGAGCAUCCGCAGCUCCUUCACGUUCCUCGCGUGUCUCUGUAGGUGUCACGUCAUGAACAAAGACGCACAACUCGCAUGGGAACUCUGUGUAAAGUCAGCGGGCACUCCCGACAGCUUCGCGUUGCUGCAACUGGUCGCUAACGAUAGCUAUCGCAUGGGACAGUUCCUAGUCGCUGCCAAGGCUUUCCACAUGCUCGACAGGUUGGACGGUGGCCCAGAGAUGUGGGAAGGUCUUCGCGGAGCCGUCUGUGGCUGUGCACAGGCUGCUGCAGCAAACAAACCCAAUGCUGCUACAGACCUGAGGGAUGCCCUCGCACUCCUCAAGGGACCAAGGUCUCACACGAGGGCAGAUAACAUCGUAAGGACCAUCACUAAGUGGGCCCAGCAGAAUCGCAUCCCUGUGUGAUCGGAGACCAAGGCUUGCAGUGUAGCGUAGCCUUGCAAGUAGUGUAGCAAUGUAUUGAACAUUGUCUGUAGGUAAGAGAUAUGUUUUCAAGUUUAGUAAAGUUAUUUAAACUUUCA